AUGAGAAAGAUUCAGCCUAUGCUUGAGAAAAACAAACUAAAAGAAAGAGAAGAACACUCUACCUACUAUAAACCCUUUCCAAUAUCAAUACCCCGGUCAACAAGAAGCAAUCUCAGGUGGUCUUACUCAAUUUCACAAUCUCCUUCAGCAAUUGACUUACUGAUUUCUUUAGUACAUCAGACACUACCAGCUGGGGGUGCAUUGACUCUAAACCGUAUGAACAGGAAAGACAGCACUCUUAUGGGUGUCGGGCAGCCAAACGCGGCCACUUGUUUCAAGGCACUUCCCGAUAGCCAUCUCGUCAAUCCAAUUUCGUGUCAGAUAUAUCUGCAGGAACCUGAGCCCAUCGACUGGGAUUAUUACAGGAAAGGCAUUGGCACUCGGCUGGUGGAUUUGUACAAGGAGCAUUACGAGAAUAUGUUUGUGAACCCUAUGAAACCCACUCGUCUGGUGGAUUAA